UUUACGUCGAGUCAUCUGGGCAAACUGUCACCGUGCCGUGCCAUUAUCUGAACAUAAAUAGAGAGAUGACUGACAGCCGAGGCAGGCGGUGACUUCGGAAACGAGAUCGAACCUUCACGGAGUGAACAUCGAAAUAACUUUGUCUUUGAGUGCAGUGAACAUAAGACUUUAAUGGACACUGAACUUAACCCAGAACCAGGGGAAAAUCCUGGAACUUCAUAUGAAAUGAUAUAUGAUUCACAGUCAAAUAGAAGACCAAGAGAAAACAGUGACAGCGAGCAAGAUCCAAAUCCCAAGCACCCAAGAAAACACGAAGCCGGCAGGAACAUCACGGAAGCCCAACCGACAACAGAAGACCCAUCAGUAAACAGGAGGAGAGCAUACACCAGCUGAGAAAUACUACAUAUUAAGACACCUGAAGAUCUUCCUACAAAGAAUAAAAAUAAUAAAUAUAAUUUAAAAAACUUCAACCAACAAAGAAGAAUCAAGAAACAUAGAUCCAGGGAAUAUAGACUUUGAAAGUCUAAAACCCUAUAAAAGAAGAAGAAGAAGAAAUAGAGAGAUUUAUCCAUAUUUUACGGGUUUAUAUAACUUCCAGGAAACGGUUGCCAAAAUGUCAGGUGAUAUAAGCCUUGGGUGCUCUGCUCUGACAAAGAUGUUACUCCAUGCUGCGCGGUACCCACAUUCUGCCGUCAGUGGAGUGGUACUUGCACAGGGAAAGGGAGGUGAUUCCGGCAAUAUGGUCUUGGUCGAUGCUGUUCCUCUGUUCCACCUUCAGCUUGGUCUUGCUCCCAUGCUUGAAGUUGCUUUAACUAGGAUCGAGCAGCAUUACAGAUCAAAAGGACUGGUGAUUGCGGGCUACUAUCAGGCCAACGAGCACAUUAGGGACAACGUGCCUGAUUUUGUAGCCCUGAAGGUAGCAGAGAAGAUAGCUGAGAAUAAUAAUGAUGCUUGUCUAAUAAUGAUUGACAACAAGAAACUGUGCCUGAACCUUCAAACUGCUCCCAUCAUUGUCUCACAGUUAACAUCAGAUGGAAAGUGGAAAAGUAAAGAGAAACCUAGCAUUCACAUAGAGGCUGGGGCUUUGGAUGUCAUAUCUCAGUUGCUUCAGCGGAAGGUCCAACACGACGUCAAUGAUUUUGAUAACCACCUGGAUGAUCUGACCUGCGACUGGGACAACCCUCAGAUUAAUAAGCUCUUAGAUACCCUUACAGCGGCUGCUCAGGACAAGUGUUAAUGGAACGGUUAUCUUUUUUCAAGAUCAAAGCUAUGAACUCUGACACAUCUUGUGUAUGUGCAUUGUAUGUUGUCUUAAAGUCCUGGAAUGAUUUAGUAGCAAGAGUUAGUAGGGAUGAAGUUUCUUUUCUGUUGAAGUCAUUCCAUCAUUACUGUGUCAUAUCUAUUCUGUUUUUCUGUUUUUAUUUAGCACUCCCCGCCCUCCCAUUCAGUAAUAGUGACUUUGGGUAAUAUUUUAUAAUCAUUGUGUCAACUUCAUUGAAUAGUAGUCAUAGAUUUUUUUUAUGAAAAUGAAAAAGAAGUAAUGCUACAGUAGUAAAUCAUUGCCAGACACUGCUGUUGAAAAAAAUGUAAUUAUGCUAAAGAACCCUUUGUAUACAGAACUACUUCCACCUACAUUUCUUCAUUUUAGAUGUAUAGUUGUAAAUAUAUUGUUCCAUACAUUUCAUAUAAUACAAUCUAGGGCAUAUGAAAUUUUACAUUAAUGACUUUUAAUGUAACUGUAUAUUUAUUAUAAUAGACUGAAAAAAAAAAUACAUGAAUCGAAAGAUAAAAAAUA